AUGUCUGCCAUAUACGUGAUUGUAGACGACAGAGACCCCAGUAUAUCGUAUGGGCCUACGGACGGAAACUGGACCGACUCUGGCGUGGACAUUGAGUUCCUGUCCACAACAACUCAGUCCACUGGCGUGGGAUCAACCAUGGAAGUUAGCUUCUCUGGAAAGUCCGUGUUCGCCUUUGGUUCGCUCGGAGGUAGCACUGACCCACAGACGGUCAACGUUACAUUCACCAUUGACGGCGGUGUCUCCUCCUCAAGCAUCCUAACGCCCCGGAGAGACUCAUCGCACCACAUUUCCGCCUUCAAUGUGACGUCUCUGGAAGAUACGACACAUUCCAUCAACAUGGACAUAUCUGGGCAAUUCGCCUCUCAGCUCUUCCUCGACUACAUCGUCAUCGAGGCUACCGAAAAUUCAACAAUAUCUCACCCGUCUACAUCUCGUAUCUUCAUAGAUGAUACUAGUCCGUAUUUGUCGUGGUCCGGCGAUUGGGCGGUCGCCACACCGCCUUGGAUUGCUUUCAACGACUCCUUCACUGAAGUUGACGGGACCUUCAACGGGAGCGUAACGGGUGGAGCCACUCCGGGAGCGUCAAUGACGCUCAAUUUCAUCGGAACAUCUGUGGACGUCUAUGGUAUAUCGAUCGCCAUUUCCGCUCCCCCUGCAUCCUAUACGAUCGAUGAUAGCAUCCCGUUCAACGUCACCAUGCCUGAAAACAUCGGAGAUAUUUCUCCCGCAGUCAACUGGCACUAUAUCUCCGCCCCUCUCUCGUCCGGCGGGAAUCACACCUUAGUCGUCACGUGUGAGGUAGCGAACUCGUUUUACAUCGACUAUGUCCUCGUAGGAUCCGACACAGCCUUCGUUCCUCCACCCACGGCGGUAGAGAAAAGGGGGGGAACACCCGCGACAACUCCAUCCUCGAGCACUGACAAAGAGCAGAACAAAUAUGGAGUCAUCGUAGGGGGUGUUGUCGGCGCUGCAUCGCUCGUCGUCAUCUUGGUGCUCGGUGUGUUUCUGUGGCGAUGUAGACGGAGGUCCAGACGCCGUCAUAUCAACGGUCAAUCUGUCCAGGACGAUGAAUCUCCUGGCCGUCUUAUGAUGAACUGGGUCACUCCGUUCUCUCUCGCCCGCCCUACGGUAUCGUCCAUGAGAGCGCCAAAGGAUACUCAACAGGGCGCCGUCGCUCGAUUAGAGUGCAGCGAGGAAGCAGGAACCCCCCGAAUGAUACCAAGCCAGUCACCGCCGAACAUUUCGGAGGCGGCGGCCAGAACUGGGCAAGUAGACGGGAGUGUGGAGGACAGCCUGACGACGAUGCCACCAGUGUAUACUGCUUAG